AUGAACCGACCCGAUGGCAGCACUGCCGUCAGCACCGACAGGGCGGACCCCAGCGCAAAGUCGCUGAGGAUCGAUGGGGAAGCAGCAGGAGCAGCAGCAAGAAUGGAGGGUCUCGAAUCGCCGACAUUGUCGUCCCUCUUGUCCCCGCCGCCCUCACCACACAAUCGCGCCGUCACCCCACUGCUCGUCUUGGUCCUGCUGGUGAACCUGUCGGCGAGCCUGUACCAGCUCCCGCUCAAUCGCGUCAUUGAACGACGCAUCUGUCGCGACUUCUUCCGCACCAUCGUUGACGAUGGCUCCGAGGCCGUUUUUCUGCCCGACGGCCAGGUCCGCGAGCAGCUGUGCAAGGUCGGCGAGGUACAGCAGGACCUGGCGCGCGUGCAGCGGGGAAUGGACCUUGCAUGGAUCAUAGGAGAUCUCGUCAUGACCAUACCCCUCGGCUUCGUGGCCGAGAGGUACGGCAGACGUCUUGUGCUGCUGCUCAACCUUGUUCCGCGCAUCGCCAUGCUGGCCUGGGCUGUGGUCGUAGGUUAUUUUGAGAAUGUGCUUCCGGUCGGUCUGCUGUAUCUUGCGCCCAUGCUUUCCGUGCUGGGUGGUGAUUGCGUCUUCAAUUCCAUCACCUACGCCUUUGCUGCGGGCCUGACAGAAGACAGUGUGCUCCGGGCUACGUACUUUGGAUACAUGAGCUCCAUCACGUACAUUGUCGCCCUCGUCGGCCCCGCCUUUGCGUCGGGCACCAUGAGCUUAAACAUAUGGCUGCCCUUCGUCAUCGGCAUAUCGCUACUCUUCCUCGCCUCCCGCGUCGUCCCCCUGAUCCCUGAUAGUCGCCACGACCAGCGCCAGGAGGAGUCUUUAGCAAACGCCCCAACCUCGUCGUUUCCAAAGCUUCACUCCUCCCAGCCCGCCAUCCAAGCAAUCGUCCACCGCCUCAACUUCCUCUACACCUUUGUCGCCUCUCGGCCGCGCAACUUUGCCUUUCUCCUCGCCAGCAUGUUCCUCACCUCGCUCGCCAGCGCCGACACGAAACUGCUGGUGCAGUACAUCUCGCAGCGCUACACGUGGUCGUUUUCGUCGGCGGGCUACCUCUUGUCGGCCAAGGCGUGCGUCAAUUUCGUCCUCCUCACCGCCGUCGUGCCUUCUCUGCUGCGCGCCCGCGCGAGGAAGAGCACCGGCUCGGCGGAGCGGCAGAAUCUGUUUUGGGCAAACGCGUGCCUGGUCAUGUCGGUCGCGGGCGCCACCUUUAUCGGCCUGGCCCCCACCGUCUGGCUGCUCGUCCCGGCCAUGGGCGUCUACGCGCUCGGGUCCGCCCUGCCCGUGUUUACGCUGAGCCUGCUCAAGUCGCCGCAGGUGUCGCCGGUGCAGCAGAAUCCCAAGGAUGAUGACGACGACGACGACGACGAUGACGGGUACCACGGGACGAGUACGCCCACCUCGGUCACUGGUAUUACUGGCGGUGGUAGGCUCAGCAGUGAGUCACAUGACACGACCGUGUUUUCGGUCGUCAUGCUCGUCAAGACGGUCGGGUCGCUGGUCGGCGUGCCCAUCGUGACCAGCCUGUGGAUCGUGGGCAUCGACCUCAGGUUCGAGGGGCUUGGUUUGCCGUAUUUUGUCAGCGCCGGGUGUUAUUUUGCCGCGCUGGUGGUUCUGUAUCGCAUUAAUGUGAUUUAG